AUGAAAUUCUGCUUCAUCCCCCUCUCCACCCUCCCUCAAUUCCUCUCUCGAUCCCCUCUCCCAUUCUCCCGCCCACCAUUCUACUCCCGUACUCUUGCCUGCGCAUCCGUCCAGCCGCUAUCCAGCUCUGCGGCGACCUCAGUACCCGCCAACCCACCGAGCAACCAGCGAUGGCGCGUCCGCACCGUGCAGGAGGCCCCCGAUGAAGAUAUUGUCGGCCGCACGCUCGUUGUCAAGGGCUGGGUCCGCACCGUCCGCGACCAGAAGAAGUUUGCCUUCCUCAACCUCAACGACGGCUCCUCACUCGCAGGUCUGCAGGUCGUCGUCGACGGUGGCACACCGGCCUACGAAGUUAUCCAGAAACUAACCACCGGCUGCUCCAUCGCCGCCACGGGUGAGAUCGUUCGCUCGCUGGGGAAGGGGCAGGCACUCGAGAUGAAGGCGCAGCAUCUUGAGCUCAUUGGCACCUCGGACUCGGCGUAUCCGCUCCAGAAAAAGAGGCAUACGCUGGAGUUUUUGCGUGGCAUUGCACAUUUGCGCCCAAGGACUAAUUCUAUCGGGGCUAUGGCUCGGGUCAGGAGCGCGCUAGCGUUUGCGACGCAUCAGUUUUUUACCGAGCAAGGGUUUUUAUAUCUUAAUUCCCCCAUCAUCACGGCGUCAGAUUGUGAGGGCGCAGGUGAGAUGUUUCGCGUUACUACCGCAAUUCCGAUGGAUCCGAAGGCGAGUGGAAUUCCCGUCUUGUCGCAGGCGGAUGAGCAAGCUUCAGGAGAUGCGGUAAAGUCGGGGGAUGUGGAUUUCUCCAAGGACUUUUUCGGUAAGCCCGCGUUUCUCACGGUUUCAGGGCAGCUUUCGGCGGAGACGUACGCUUCGGCUCUGAGCGACGUGUACACUUUUGGGCCCACGUUUCGUGCAGAGAAUAGUAACACAUCUCGCCACCUCGCCGAGUUUUGGAUGAUCGAGCCAGAGAUGGCGUUUGCAUCCCUCGCGGAUGACAUGUCGAAUGCGGAGGCCUACAUCAAGUACGUGACGACGCGCGUGUUGACGCAGUGCACAAAAGACCUGGAGUUUUUCGACAAGUAUGUCGAGCCUGGUCUACUAGAAAAACUAAGGGUGGUGAUGAACGAGUCGUUUGCAAGGGUCACGUACACCGAGGCGGUUGAGCUUCUCGAAAAGGCGAACAAGCGCAACAAGAAAGGAAAGCGGCGAUUCGAGUUUGAUAUCUCGUGGGGAUGCGACUUUCAAUCUGAGCAUGAGCGCUAUUUGGCGGAGGAGCACUUUAAGCGACCUGUGUUCGUGUACAACUAUCCGAGCGGGAUUAAGGCGUUCUACAUGCGGGAAAACGACGGGGAUGGUGGGCAGACAGUAGAGGCGAUGGAUCUCCUAGUGCCUGGAAUCGGGGAACUAAUCGGAGGAAGCGCGCGGGAGGACCGGUUAAACGUGUUGGAGCGCAAGAUGCGAGCCAGUGGGCUAGAGAAGGAGGCGUAUUGGUGGUACCUGGAUUUGCGACGGUACGGGUCGGUGCCUCACGCAGGAUACGGGCUUGGGUUUGAGCGGCUGAUUCAGUUUGUGACUGGGCUAGACAACAUUCGAGACGUGAUCCCAUUUCCCAGGUAUCCCGGGAGUGCGGAGUUUUAG